GCCGCGCCUCUCAGCCCGGAAGUGACUGCCGGCGGAGGCUCCGUGCUCCCUGAGCUUGAUGGGAUUGGAUGCUGCGCGUGAGGUCAUCACUAGGCGCCGACCAGGAACGGGAAGCGAGAGUUUCACAGGCUAUCAUGGCAGUGAAGUGGACUGGUGGACAUUCUACUUCUAUCCUGUGCCUGAAUGCAAGUAAAGAUGGGCUGGUGGCUUCAGGAGCUGAGGGUGGAGAUCUUGUGGCUUGGGGUGAAGAUGGGUCUCCAUUAGGACACAUGCAGUUGGAAGGGGCUGAUGAUGUUACCAGCGUCUUGUUUUCCCCCUCCUGUCCCACCAAGCUCUAUGCCUCCCACGGAGAAACCAUCAGUGUACUAGAUGUCAGGUCUCUUAAAGGGUCCCUGGACUAUUUUCAUGUGAAUGAUGAAGAAAUCAAUUGUCUUUCACUAAAUGAUACUGAAAGUCUGCUGGCUUCUGCGGAUGACUCUGGGGCAAUCAAAAUCCUGGACCUGGAAAAGAAGAAAGUUACCAGAUCCCUGAAGAGACAUUCCAACAUCUGUUCCUCUGUGGCUUUUCGACCUCAGAGGCCUCAGAGCCUGGUGUCAUGUGGUCUGGAUAUGCAGGUGAUGCUGUGGAGUCUUCAAAAAGCCCGUCCCGUCUGGAUUACAAAUUUACAGGAGGAUGAAACCGAGGAAACGGAAGGCCCUCAGUCCCCUGGUCAGCUCCUAAACCCCGCGCUCGCCCACUCUGUCUCUGUGGCGUCGUGUGGCAAUAUUUUCAGCUGCGGUGCAGAGGAUGGUAAGGUGCGCAUCUUCAGGGUGAUGGGAGUCAAAUGCGAGCGAGAAUUGGGAUUUAAGGGCCACGCCUCGGGGGUAUCCCAGGUCUGCUUUCUGCCUGAGUCCCAGCUGCUGCUUACUGGAGGGAAUGAUGGGAAGAUAAGGUUGUGGGAUGUGAGCAGUGAAGUGGAGAAGAAGCAAAAGAGUCCUGCAAAACACACCCACAGAAAGAAAGCGAAGAGAGCAGCCUGCCCCAAGCAGGGUGGGAACUCCAGUGGCUCAGCAGCAGAGGAGGAACAUGCAAGGGUUUUGCCGAAGCUCGAUAUUGAACAUGGAGAAAAAGUGAACUGGCUCUUGAGUACAAAACUGAAAGGGCACCAGAGUGUAUUAGUGGCUGAUCAGACGAACUGUGUGUCUGUGUAUCCCUUAAAUGAACUGUAGGUCCAAUAAAUGCACUGUAAGAACUGA